GCCGUUCCUGUUCGUGACCUAGGCUUCUCUUCGUCGUCUUCCCUUCUUCUCCUACAGCACUCUUGCUCGGAUCUGGUUACGAGAAGGGUUACUGCAUUAGUUCGUCGGUUCCAUACUUCCAUCUCUUGCCGGACACGACAUUGUUCUUUGGCCGAGUAAUGGAGGCGGUCGGCGGAGCUACGGCAGCUCCAGAGCAGCAGCAGCCAGCGCCGACUCCGUCGAAGGCAGAGCGGCUGAACUUAGCAGUACAGCAGCAGCUUAAUCUCGAGUCAGUGAAGGCUCGUGCCCUCGGUCUUAGUAAGGCCAUUUCACGAAUCCUCGAGGACUUCAACGCCAUCGCUCUCACCAACGCUACUCCGAAAUGGCAAGAUAUACUGGGGCAAUUUUCAAUGGUAAAUAUGGAGCUUUUCAACAUUGUGGAGGACAUAAAGAAAGUUUCGAAGGCAUUUGUUGUGCAUCCCAAGAAUGUGAAUGCCGAGAAUGCCCUGAUACUUCCUGUCAUGUUAUCAUCGAAGUUACUGCCAGAGAUGGAAGUAGAAGAUAAUGCCAAGAGGGAGCAGUUAUUGUCUGGGAUGGCAAAUCUUCCAAUUCCAACACAAAUGGAGAAAUUGAAGGUUAGAAUUGAUAUGAUUAGCGCAGCGUGUGAAACUGCUGAAAAGGUCAUAGCUGAUACUAGGAAAGCACAUGGACUGGGUUCUCGUCAAGGGCCUACCUUAGUUCCUACAUUGGACAAAGUGCAAGCUGCCAAAAUUCAAGAACAGGAAAAUCAGUUGAGAGCUGCUGUAAAUUUUGGAGAAGGGCUUAGAGUAACUGGGGAUCAAAGGCAUCUUCCAUCUUCUCUUCCUCCUCACUUGGUGGAUGUACUCGCCUCAGGUGACGGUGCACAUAAUUUUGGUGAAACUGGUGUAUUCUCCAAGAGUACCCCUUCUUUCUCAUCCAACUCUAUAAAUCCUCAGGGAGGUUUGAUGCAGACUACUGGAGGGCAAAUGAUUGGAAGAUCCGUUCCAUCACCUUCUGGUGUUUCAUCUUCAUUUGACAAUGCUUCGACACCUCCUCCACCAUAUGCUAAUUCACCUAGAUCUGGUGGAAACAUUAUGAAUACACCUUCACCACAGCAACAAACACAGCAGCAGCAGCAGCAGCAGCAGCAACGACAGAAAAUGAUGCAAAUGCCGCAGCAUCAGCAACAACUUCUUGCUCAACAACAGCUCAGGCAACCUUCGAGUACAGCAAUUCUAGCACAGGGUACCAUGACUCAGUUACAUGAUUUACAGGGGCAAGGUCAGCAGAAGUUUCAACCGGUACCUGGACAACAUCAAAUGCAAUAUUCUCAACCUUUGUCCCAACAGUUUCAAAACAGGCAACUACAAUCUGCACAUAUUCAGCACAACAUAGCACAAAGCCAGAUAACCCAAGGUGGACAACUAAGAAACCAGUUGAGCCAAUUUACUGGAUCUGCAAAUAGUGCCUUGUUCAAUGCUGCACAGACAUCUCCAAAUUCUCAAAUGAUCACAAAUAUGUCAGCGGCAAUGCAGCCACAAUCUAUUUUGACACGAAUGCAGUUUGGUUUAUCUGGUGGACAUCCUCAAAGAAAUCUUCAAUCACAAAUUCUAAAUGAUCAGAAGGCGCAUGUGAUGCAGAAGUUGCACCCAAUUCAAUAUUUUAUUAUUAUUAGCAAUGUCAUCUUCAUUUUCAUCAUCACUCAAGUGUUCGGCAUGGGUGGCUCAAAUACAGCUAGUAUGGUGGGAAUGCAGCCUCAGCAGCACGGCGCACAGGGUGGAUUUGGUAACAUUCCUUCAAAUUCACAGAACAUGCAACAAACUAUGACUGGACUUCCAAAUAACCCUAACUUUCAGCAACAAAGGCAGCAAAACCAACAGUAAACGAAGAUCUGAAGAUUGGUGCAGAAAUUGGUCUUCUUUCCUGGAGAAAAAGUGCAGGAGAGUAGCAAUUUGAAGUUCAUUGUAAGUGCAGCUCGGUGUGAAUAAUUUUCAGUGGCGAUAUCUUAAACUAUUGAAGCCUUAUUACGAAGAUGCCUCCUGAUAACCCUUAAUGUAUUCAUUAAUGUUAAACGUAGUUACAAUCUUGUAUGAUCUCUUUGAGGCUCAAAAUCAUUAAGCUUCAAUUUCGGUGAUUUUUUACAUAAAUUUUGUGUAUUAUUUAUUUUAUUUUUGAAAUUUAUUUGAAUGUUUCUUGAGAAUAAAGUUCAGUUUUGUUA